AUUCUUUUUACUUCCCAGGUGAUCUUAUUUUUAGGUUCUUAAUUAUGGACACCAAAUGGCAGCUCCUGGGAUUCAGUUUGGUCCUGGGAGUGACUGCAUUGAGUCUCUCCUUUGUGGGUGGCAUGUACUUUCAACACCACGAUGCCAAAAGACGCCUACAAGAAAUAAUUCAAAAGGAUCCCUAUGCCUACUAUGUCAGUCCCAAAAUUAAUGAAGUGUUUUGUUUCUUUGAGAGCCAAUGUAAUGCCGAUCAUCGUAUGAGGCAAAUUAUGAAGUACGGAUUUCCGGGUCUGGAUGACUUGCGGCUUUAUAGUGACUUUGUUCUAUCCUAUGAUCGCCGAAAUCGAGUGGCCCACUGGGUGUGUGAACAUCUCCAGGUGGACAACAUCCAAUCCAACCGAAGUAGACGGGGUCACAAUCCAUACCAAGCAGACAUGAGUGUGCCCUCCACCUUUCGCUCAGAAUUGACAGACUAUCGAAGAUCCGGUUUCGAUCGAGGACACUUGGCCGCCGCUGGAAAUCAUCACUUGCAGCAGAAUCACUGCCAGGAUACCUUCUUCCUUACUAAUAUAGCACCGCAAAUCGGUCAGGGGUUUAAUCGAGGAGCGUGGAACAACUUGGAGAGAUAUGUUCGACAUCUUGUCCACCGAUUUGGUUCCGUUUAUGUUUGCACUGGACCGCUGUACAAACCCAAACAAAGAUCAGGCGGCAAAUUGGGAGUGGAGUACGAAAUGAUUGGACUUAACAUGGUGGCCGUACCAACGCACUUUUUCAAGGUGAUCAUGGUGGAAUCGAAACUUCAUCUAGGCAAACCCUAUAUGGAAGGCUAUGUUCUUCCGAACGCUCCAAUACCAGAUGGCCUGCCUCUCCGAUCUUUUCUCUGCGAUAUCCGGGAAAUCGAGCACUAUGCGGGUCUGAAGUUCUUCGAUGGACUGAGGAGAAGUGCUUUAUUUGGAAGCAACUAUCCUAGUGAAUCACAGGUUUUUCGAGAUUUUGGUUGA